AGACAAAGGAACGAAUAAAAGUUAUCUAAACAAAAGGUUAAACUAUAUAAUACAUUUUUUUUCGUAAAUGAAAUUCAUAUUGAACAACUAAUGCAAAUUAAACGAAAUGUAGAACCGUAGAUGACAGAAAUCACAAAACGCAAACAGAAAUAAACAUAAUGGAAUUACAUUCUUAUGCCAAACGUAGAGGUUCGAAGAAGUGGACAAUAGAACAAAAGCGGAAAUUGGUUCAAGCGCGCAUUGAAUAUGAUAGUUGGUUUAGUAAUAAACCUAAUAACAGUGUAUUGCCAUGGAAACAAAUUCUUAGUGUGGCAAAAUUGGAGGAUUUCAAUGUAUUCUUUGUACGAAAGCAGUGGUCCAAUAUGGUAGCCAAGUAUAAGCAGUACAAGGAACUAUUAUACCUAACGCAAGUGCGUUUAGGCAAUGCCAAUACUAAAUCAAUUGACGCUAAGAUGUUGCAGUGCAUCAAUGACGCAUGGGAGUUCUUUGAACCAAUUCACGUAUUUAUGACACGUAAAACAACAAAUCUACAUUCGUAUGCCUUAAUACAAAGAGAUAGUAAUGAAUAUGACGACGUGAGCGAAGAAGAUGAAGGAAACAAUCAUGGAGCAGAGGAAAUAGAGGUGGAAGAUGAAACAUCUGUUGCCAUAGACUUUAAACAGCAGCACAAAAUAAUGGAUAACCAUGAAGUAGAAAUUCAUACAAAGGAGAAUGUACCAAAGAAUACCGAGUUUUUGCAAGUUUCUACACCGACUUCGAACACAUUUAGCAGCGUUAGUAAGGAAAGUUAUGUAAUGGCUAAAAAUUUUCAGUCAGCAACCGCACUAAAUCAGGACAGUGCAACAUUUUCAGUACGAAAUACAGAUCAUGACUUUUAUUCAAAACGCUCAAUGGAAAUGCAUUACGGCCAACAAAUGGGUGAGCAGCAGCAACAGUUAAAAGACAAUUAUCAACAAAAACAACAUCAAAGAAAGCUUGAGCAGCAACAAUCAGGUUAUGACUACCAACAAAAUUUGCAGGAAAAGUGUUAUGGUCAUUUGCAAAAACAAGGACAUCGAAAAGACCAUGAAUUUAACGAAGAUCAUCAUAUGAAUGAUAAUAAUAUACAGCAACAACAACAUCAUCAUUUAAGCUUUGAUGACCAUACUGAGACGCAACAAGAGCAACAACAUCGCCAACAACUAAGGUAUACACCCGAUGUUGAUCAAAAUACUCAGGAAUCAAUGAUGAUUGAUAUGUUCAAUAACCAAUUCCCCCAACAAUCACAACAACACUUGGGAAGUAUUUUAUCAACGCAAUUAAUGGAUAAUAUAAAAACUGAAAUGUUGUCAUUAGAGCCGUCAGCAAUUAAGAAAGAGCCGUCGGUAUCUCCGAUCAAUAUGGAGCAUGAAUUAACCUUAAUAAAUCAAGAAAAUCCUGGUAGUAGAGCUAGUGGCGCCACCGAAGAAGUUCCUUCAACACACGCUUCAAAACGAUCACAUACCCAGCAAAGUGAACGUGAUAAAUAUUAUCGUCAUAAACGCCAUUUUAGUCGCCGUUUGGAGAAACGUUUCGAUGCCUUAUUGCAGGUAGUUGGACAAAUAGUUAAAGCCGAAUAUCCCAACAUAGAUGUUAGCCCCUUAGUGAGCGUUGUCUCGUCAACAGCUACAGAAUUAAUUAACAGCGAUAGCGACGAACAAUCAAGUAACAAUGACGUGGACGAUAACAACUGUAAUUUAAAUAAUUCUAAUGAAAUAUAGAUUAGAAUUAUAAUGAUUGGUACUUAAGUGAGAGAAACCAUAUGUAAACAAGAAAGAAUUAAAAAAUCACUGAACAUAUGUAUUAAAAAAUAUUAAAUUGCGUUACGAGAAGACAACAAAUAAAUUAAAGGAAUGCGUAAUCAUCUUCCAAAGUACCCUAAUAUACAUUCAAAUUUUUAUGAUCUUUUCAUUUAAACGAUACUAUCUAUAUACGUCUGCCUGCAGAAUUGAAAGAAGGAAAAGAAAUCAAUUUAUUUAAGUAUAACUAAAAGAAAAAACGAUACAAACGUGUAAUUAUAUGUUUAGCAAAAAAAAAAAAACUUUUUAAGGUGUAAUAAUACAAUUUAUAUAGUGCAUAAGGUAUGUAUGAAGAAUAUGCGAAACAUUUGAGAUAGGAAAUCAACGAAAAUACAAACGCUACACUAAGGCAUGCUUGUCCAAUUGUUGGUUGCGACUAAUUAAUAGCAAAACUUUGUAAUGUUUCCCGAAAUUUUAUACGAAAAUCAUUGCGCCAUCAUUGACAAUAUCGAUAUUUUCAUAAAAAUGUUAAAUGUACCAGUUACUGAGAGGUAUUUUAUAACGAAAAGCAAGACAAUAAUUACAAGAGAAAUAUUGUGUUCAAGUGUUUGCUUAAAUAAUUUAUAUCAUUAGCUACACUUUUCUUUCCUCUUUCAGGCAAAUUGGCGGCUGGAGGUAUAUCCUUUCUCUUAUCUGAAAGAUGACGGUGCCAUCUAUCUGAAUUAAAGAUAACAUUAAAGUAUAAAACUUGAUGAAUACGGUGAGUUUAAUAUGUACUUGCAUUCCAAGAUCAAAUCAUAAAUUGGGGAUUUUUACACCCACCAAUGAAAAUCGGACGCGUUCUAGGAUUAUAUGCGAUUCUCUAUCUUUGCUUAUAGCACUCAGAAGUAACCGAGAUAUAAUAAAGUAUAUACGUCCAUGGUGAAUAAGCAAUUUCAUCGUUUGUACAAAUGUGAUACAUACAAAUGCAUAUUUAAAUACAUAGCUUAUAUUUUAAAAAGGGCGUGAUUCAUCUAAAAAAAAAAAAACAAAAAACAAUAAACAAACAAAAACACUUACAAUUGAGAAAAAUCUCUAAUAAUGAGAAUUUUAAAAGGUUGUCGUUAAUAAUGUACAACCCAUUAAUCAUAAACAAUCUAAAAUCCCAUACAAAUACUUUUUGACUGGCUUAGAUGAAAUGAAAAAAGAUUUCUAAUACAUAUUUAUAUAAAAGCGUUUAAAUUGGUGGGUACAAAAGUUUCUUUUCAAUGCAAUUAUUAUUUUUUAAUUCAAUUCUUUUUCUUCUUCUUCUUCAUUUUGCUUGAUUUAGGCUAUUUGUUGACAAUAGCGCUCAUAUCAAAGACUCGAGAAAGCGUAAAUCAUCAGUUUCAUCCUAAGGCGAUUUGAUCUUGCAGUCAAUCAAUUUUGUGAUUUAUUUUAACUUAGUCACAAUACAAUGCCUCGAGGUUUACCGAAAAUGUUCAAAUUUCUUAUUCAUUUUGUCAAACCGACAUAUGGCCAACUCGGUCAAAGUACUAAAGCCUUAAUACGAGACAAAUAGAGAAGGCUUCCCUUCUUUUCAGAAGCAAAAAAAAAAAAAGAAAAAGUUGCAGGUUUUUUGCUUAUCACUCUUAAAAUACAACAAAUGCAACGAUGAAAAUAUCAUCAAAUUCUAUGAGUGAUGAUCGUGAAUACGGAUAUUGCGCUUGUCCAACAUUAUACAAUACCGAAAUUUUUGUUAAGAUAAAUGUCGUGGACGUAAAAGGUUCGAUUGCAGCCGAGUUAGAGCUCGAGAGUUUUCUUCAAGUUGAUGGGAAGAAACAACUACUAAGGUCUAUUGUGAAGGUUUCAUGUUUCUUAAUGUAUCUGAAUUUUAGAAUCUUAAUAUGGACAUAAGCACGCAGGAUAUACGACCGGCAUUUUCUAUUGAAAAAAACUGAUACACUUAAUAUUUCUGAAACUUCGCGUUUAAUAGGUUUCAAGCGUGUGUGCAAGGCGGCUGUCCAACUAUUAAUGGUAUAUUGGACAAGACUGCGCUUAAGCGCAACACCGCGUAAGAAACUUUACAAAGUAAUAUAAAAUAACGCAAGCGCAGCAGCAACAAUAAUGAGUUAGUGAUUUUGAACGAGUCGACGAUUGAUAGGGAAAAGAUUUGGAUUUUCAAAUCAUUUCUUCUUUU